GAACCAACACAACAACCCGGACUGGUGCAUGAGAAAGCUCGUUGUGAUUUACAUUAACGCUCAUUUUCCUUUACAUUUACAUGUAUUAAUCACAGUGGGAACUUGGAGUUUAAAACGCUUUAACAUGUCCGUGAACUAUGCUUCUGGAUUAUCUCCUUACGCGGAUAAAGGCGUCUGUGGACUUCCCGAGGGGUCCUAAAGGAGUGUGGACGAUGGAGGAGAAGGGGGAGUCUCCGCAGUUUGACGGAGAGCCGGCUACCUCAAAUACCUCAUCAGCCAGAACGUAGACGGACUUCAUGUGCGCUCCGGCUUCCCCAGGCAGUACGUGCGUGAGAAAGUCAUCGGGGUCAUGGGUCUCAAACCCACCGGCCGUUAUUGUGAAGAGACCCGUUCCAGAGGACUCCGGGCCUGCAGGGGGAAGCUGAUCAGCACGAUCCUGGACUGGGAGGACUCGCUGCCGGACCGUGACCUGAACCGGGCCGACGAGGCCAGCAGACGAGCCGACCUGGCUCUUACUUUGGGUACGUCUCUGCAAAUUAAGCCCAGCGGGGAUCUGCCUCUUCUGACCAAACGUACCGGAGGCAAAGUGGUUAUAGUCAACCUGCAGUCGACAAAACAUCAUUUCAUUGUUUCAGGACAAACACGCCCACCUGCGAAUCCAUGGUUAUGUGGACGAGGUCAUGAAGCAGCUGAUGAAACUCCUGGGCCUGGAGAUCCCAGACUGGACCGGGCCGACGCUGUGCGAGCUCUCCGGGGGCGACGCCGACAUCCUGCCCUUCGGCGCCUGGAAAAAGGAAGUAAAGAUCGAGCUGAAGAUCGAGGAGAAGAAAGAACCUGGGCUGAAGAGAAAAACAGCGAAGAAAGAGGAUGACGUAAAGAAUACGGACCGAGUCAAAACAGAGCAAAAAGAAGAAAAUUAAACGACGGACGUUUGUAAGCAGGAGCCUUUAAAUGACGUUGCCAAUGGUGAAGAUGCACAAAAACUAUGUGGCGUUAAAAAACCUCGGAUUGAGACGUCGUCUCUGUAGAGCCGCCAGGUUUCAUGACUGGCAGAGAAAAGACCAGCAAUACAAACUCAGGCAGACAAAUCCUACAGUACUGUACUUUUCAUAAGCAGCCAGUGUGUGGACUUUCGUCCUCAAGUGUGUGUUAAUUGUGCAGACAGAUUAGUUGUUUUUUAUUUGGAGUACAGAUCUGAGACACUGAAGCAUCAGUCGCUUCUCACUGAUCAUACGAUCAGCUGUGAGUCUAGGUGCCAAGCGUCCGUUUUCAGCUUGAGCUUACAGGCGAGUUGUGUAAUUUUUAUACUCAUGAGAGCGUUCUCUGAUCCCUAAUGCAAUAUGGAUAGGGUGCUGUCAACCCCCCCCCCGAAUUAAGCAAGUGGAUAUGAAUUCUCAUUGGCGUCAAACAUUCAGACCUGUACCAUUCUUACAGUGUAUGCCAGAGCAUUUUUCAACUCAAUGUUUUUUGUCACCCAUCUAUAGACAAGGGGGGCAAAUAAUUUUCAAAAGCAACUUUCAUUCACAUUGACCAAACAACAAACAUUUUUAAUUCAAAUUUUUAUAACAAACAGUCCGUACUGGUAGAGCCCUAUAAAUUUUAUUUUUCUCAAAUUUUGCACAAUUACCUUCGGACAUUUGGAUAUUUUGUACUCUUUGUUUACACUAAUUUACUUAGGUUAAACCAUAAGCAACAGCUAUUUCGUCUGAUUGCUACGUUUCUUCAUCCGGCCCAAAACCACAUGUAAACAAGCCACAGAUCUGAAGUCAUAAGAACUGAUUUGAGUUACCACGGUAAGCAUUAAUAAUAAGAUACAUCAGAAGCUUGUCGAGUCAAGCAUGAUGGGCUUAGAUUUUGUUUUAUUUCAGCCCUUCACUUAUUUCAGUUGUCCCGCUAAGCCAGACUGUAUAGGACAAAUAAACACUAUAUAGUAUUUUCCAUUUAUGAUCCCAUCACUUAUAUUCUACUGUUUUGUACUAACCCGUGCUUGGUAAUAAAGAAGGUGAGUGAGUGGU